ACCCAUUCCACCUACAGCUCGACCGCAUCUCAUUCACCUCCGCUUCAGUCUCUCACUCUUCCACCUCCGUUCUUUGGGCUCCUCAUUCACUCAUUUGCCUCUCUCUUUGCCGCGUCGGAACAAGGGAGCGUCACACUGCUACCUUGCCUACCUGAAUGCACGUUGGACUUUGUCUUUCUGCGAGGCCUCGUUUUGCAACUAUAAAUUCUAUUAGUCGCUUACAAGCUACGCAGUUCUGCUAUCCCUUGUUCUCUGCUUCAAACUACCGACUCAGACGCUUUCUUUCUCCAGUGCCUAAUAGUGUUGCGCCGUCCUUCACACUUCAAAAUCCUACCAUCUCACGAUAUUUCACCACGACCGUCAUGGACUCCGUAGACGCACGUACUAAACGCAAACUACCUCCUACCGGUUCGCCUGAACGGCCAAUGAAGCAACGAAAGCCUCAGGCACCAGCUACAGAAGAGAACGGAAACAAAAUGGCUGUUGAGGGCUUACCAGCGAAUGGAUUUUCUCCCGCCAGUGAAGUCGAAUCUGGCUCAGACUCAGAAGCUGAGAUUACGAUUGGACCGGCUACUGCGGAUACCGCCGAAUGGCAAAAAACUAUAGAGAGGGUUGUCAAGAACGUGGUCUCGAUACAUUUCUGUCAGACGUGCUCGUUUGACACGGACGCGGCGAUAUCGAGCGAAGCUACAGGAUUCGUGGUGGACGCAGAGAAGGGUCUCAUACUUACCAACAGGCAUGUUGUAGGUGCUGGUCCUUUCUGGGGAUAUUGCAUCUUCGACAACCAUGAGGAAUGCGACGUACAUCCUGUCUAUCGCGAUCCGGUACACGAUUUCGGAAUCCUUCGCUUCGAUCCCAAAGCCAUCAAAUACAUGCCAGUGGAAGCGCUCGAGUUGAGGCCGGACCAAGCAAAAAUUGGUGUAGAAAUUCGAGUCGUCGGUAACGACGCCGGAGAGAAGCUGAGUAUUCUUUCGGGAGUUAUCAGUCGACUGGACAGGAAUGCGCCGGAGUACGGUGAAGGCUACAGCGAUUUCAACACCAACUACAUCCAAGCGGCUGCAGCUGCCAGCGGUGGAAGUUCUGGGUCUCCUGUGGUAAAUCAAGAUGGCUAUGCAGUGGCCCUACAGGCUGGUGGAAGGUCAGAUGGAGCUGCAACAGACUACUUUUUGCCUUUGGAUCGCCCCCUAAGAGCUUUGAACUGUAUUCGGAAUGGCGAGGAGGUCGCCCGGGGAACUAUACAGGUACAAUGGCUCCUGAAGGCUUUCGACGAGUGCCGGCGGUUAGGACUGACGCAAGAUUGGGAGAAGGAAGUACGGAAAACAUUCCCCAAGGAGACUGGCAUGCUGGUUGCUGAGGUUGUACUGCCCAAGGGACCUGCAGACAAGAAAUUGGAAGAAGGCGACCUGUUGGUGAAAGUGAAUGGGCAACUUUUGACACAGUUUGUCCAGUUGGACUCAAUUCUAGACGAGAGUGUUGGUGGUAAAGUCUCUCUUCUUGUGCAACGAGGUGGCGAGAACAUUUCUGUUGAAAUCGAUGUCGGCGACCUCCACGCGAUCACUCCUGACCGCUUUGUGUCUGUCGCAGGGGCAUCGUUCCAUGAUCUUUCGUAUCAACAAGGCCGCCUCUACGCCAUUGCGCUGAAGGAUGCUGGAGUCUACAUUUGCGAAUCCGCUGGUUCUUUCAGGCUUGAUGGCAGCGAUUCUGGCUGGGUGGUCCAGACAAUUGACAAUAAACCAACUCCAGAUCUUGACACCUUCAUACAAGUCAUGAAAGCUAUACCAGACAAAGCGCGCGUUGUCAUCACGUACAAGCACUUGCGAGACCUGCACACUCUCCACACUGGCAUCGUCUAUCUUGAUCGCCACUGGAACACAAAGAUGAGAUUAGCGACAAGGAACGAUAAGACUGGCUUGUGGGAUUUCAAAGAGCUUGCCGACGCUAUUCCGCCUGUCCCGCCAGUUCCAAGAAAGGCCAACUUUGUAAAGAUGGCGAGCAAUAAAUCAUAUGCCAAUGCUUAUGAUAUCGUUCGAAGCUUUGUAAAGAUCUCAGCGACCAUGCCGGUCAAGCUCGACGGGUUUCCACGAGCGAGGAAGACCGGGUACGGCCUCGUAGUAGAUGCUGAACAAGGUCUUGUAAUUGUUUCUCGAGCCCUUGUUCCAUACAACCUGUGCGACAUCACUUUGACGAUUGCCGACUCGAUCAUUAUCGAGGCCAAGGUUGUCUUCAUGCAUCCGCUCCAGAACUAUGCGAUUCUAAAGUAUGACACAUCAUUGGUCAACGCCCCAGUCAAAACCCCAAAGCUAUCGACCGAUUUCAUGAAGCAGGGAGAAGAAACAAUCUUCUUCGGCUUCAACACAAAUCUUCGACCUGUCAUAGCUAAAACUUCUGUCACCGAUAUCACAACUGUUGCGAUUCCUGCCAGCGCGGCUACUCCGAGAUACCGUGCCAUCAAUCUGGACGCCAUCACUGUUGACACGGGACUCGCGUCGCAGUGCGGUAGUGGCGUACUGGUGUCUGAAGACGGUACCGUCCAGGCGCUAUGGCUCACCUACCUCGGUGAGCGAUCACAGCAUAGUGGCAAGGAUAUGGAGUAUCAUUUAGGUCUCUCCUGUCCAAUGGUGCUCCCUGUCUUGAAGGAAAUCCAGAAAGGGAUCACACCAAAGCUGAGGAUACUUAAUGUCGAGACGCACACAGUCCAGAUGAGCCAGGUCCGCAUUUUUGGUGGCUCCGAAGAAUGGAUUGAACGCGUCGAGAAAGAGGAUCCUGAGCGUCACCAGCUUUUCAUGGUCCGCAAAGUGGACUCAGGACAUAGCGAUGGACUUGAGGAGGGAGAUGUCAUUCUCACUUUGAACGACAAGCUUAUCACCCGGAUAUCUGAUCUCGAUAUUAUGUAUGACAACGACUAUCUGGAUGCGCUAGUGAUCCGAAAACGAGAGGAAGUGCGCAUUCGGGUACGAACUGUUGCCACCGAGGACCUCGAGACUGACCGUGCCGUUCUGUUCUGUGGCGCCAUCUUGCACCGCCCUCACCACGCCGUCCGUCAACAGAUCAGCAAAGUCCACUCAGACAUCUAUGUAUCAGGCCGCAUGCGCGGCUCACCAGCCUACAUGUACGGUCUAGCGCCAACGAACUUCCUGACACACGUCAACGGUGUCAAGACUCCCGAUUUGUCGAGUUUCCUCACCGAGGUCAAGAAGAUCCCCGACAACACAUACUUCCGCCUGAAGGUUGUGACAUUCGACAAUGUACCGUGGGUGGCAACGAUGAAGAAGAACGAACACUACUUCCCAACCGUCGAGCUAGUCAAGGACACGACUGAGGAGCUGGGCUGGAAAAAGGUCAUGCACGAAUGGGAUGCCGACGGGGCGAAGGAGACGUACGUCGACGCGGAGGUGGAUGCACCUGACGAUAUGGCUGUUGAAUAAAUCCAGGUCGUCAAUUGGGGUUGCCUGCAGUAGAGUGAAGUAGAAUGGUUGGUGUAUUGCAUAUGCUCGGAGUCCCUUGGGCUUCUUUUUCUGCAAAAUAAUUUUCUACAGCAUAGACCGUGUGCAAGUAAUAUACCAAACCUCUUCUGUCCGUCUCGGUUUGUAUCUUGUCUCUCUCUCUCUGUGUGUGUGUACGGAGGUGUUGGUUAUGAUCAUCGUUCGUGCUGAUGCAUAUACAUACACGCACCAGUGCUGCUUCUCUGCCCGUAUGUUGAGUCCUGACCGCGUGCUUUCAUCGCAGUCCUACACAGCAUCAUGCCAUAUCUAUACAUAUAUACAUUCCCAAAUCACUACGUCGAAUUUUUAGC